UUUUUUAUUAGUUUUUACUUGUGACUUCGUUCCUGUAAUCGAGAUAAAUUUGCCUAUAAGUAGAUAGAUAAAAUGUUAUUUGAGAAAAUAGUCGAGGGUUCUUCUUAAAGGGUGAUAAUGGAGUGGUGACCCCGCCUGCGCUAUCGGUAUACCCUGGCGGGGCACCAGUGAAGGAUAAGAUGGACAGCGGAACAGCCGAAGCGUCCGGAAGCGGAAGUGAGCUGGAGUACACAACGGGCGUUCGACUGGUCGUGUUGAACCUGCCAGAAGAUGAAGGAGAAGGUCUCGGGUUUCGUCUCACCAGGACCCUAUGGGAUCCAUAUCCAUGGGUCCGUGAGGUGACGCCCGGCGCCAGAGCUGACGUGGCGGGUCUGAAAACUGGCGACUGCUUACUCCAAGCUGAUGGCAAGGAUCUGCUCGGAUUACCAGUGGGACAAGUGGCCGGUCUGAUCAGAGGUGAUGGCGCUGGACACGGCGUGUCACUGCUCGUGUGGAACUGCGGCGUGGACCCGAAAGACGAUCCUGAGCUGCUGUGGAGCUGCGGAGGUGGCGCCCGCGGCGAGAGGUCGCGGCGAGCGCUGGCGGGCGUGGUGCGCGCGCUGGCGUGCUGCGUGUGCGCAGCCACCGCCGCGCGGGCACUCAGCUGCGCCCGCUCACACCUCUACUGCGAACCUUGCUGGACCCGACUGGAACGUUGCGCGUUAUGCAGAGAGACCUUGCCGCCUAAAGAUUCUCCAUACGCCAAGAAUUUAGUCGCCGAACAGGUUUUCGAAGCAAUAGCAACCGAAUAUGAAAUAAAAGACACCCACAAAAAACCGAAAGCCUCUGUGUCUGCUUACAAUUCACCAAACAGAUCUCCAAAUAUCUCACCCGCGGUCAGCCGCAAGGGACAAUACCGUCUUACAGCCAUGAAUAGAAAGAAAACCGUCCAUUUUAACGAUAAAUUUGGCCAAAAUUACAGUUCCGAUCCUAAUAUACACCGUUCCUUACAUACUCAAGAUUUUAAACAACAAAAUUUUAGUAAUUUCCAACAAUCUACCACGUGUGCUGAAAAUUCUACUAACUUACAUAGUAAAUCCCAACCUGGCAACUCUGGAUGUGGCUGUCAAAAAAAUCAAAUUCAGAACGACGUUCCGAAAAUGACAGACAGCACUUCAAACAAUGCACAAUGUGUUGAGGCAAAGGAAUGCCAUGCACACUGUCAAAAUUUGCAGCACAAACUGGUGGCAAAACUGAGACAAGCGUGUUCGUUAGCGGAUUUACAAAAUAUUGCUGUGCAAAGUUGUGCACUAUCGAGAUCCUUGAAUAAUUUGGGCGAAUGCAAAGGACACACGCAUCAUAGUAAUUCUCUAGAUAAUUUGAAGAGUAGCGGUGUAAAUGUGCCUGAUACUCCCGUGUUCGUUUUGUCGGCGCCACCCAUCUAUGUAUUGACUUGUGACCACAACCAGGACAAAUGAUUAUUUUAUAUAGAAUGGCACUUUCAAUGUAUAUAAUUUACUAAUUAUAAUGUAUCCAAUUUUUAACAUUUUUAUUUUUAUAAUGAAAACAAUCAUAUUUAUACUG